AAUGAGUAGGAGCAGAAACUUCAAUGAAAUUUCUCUUUCUCUUUCUCUCUCCUCGAACUUUUUUUUUAUCACAUUAAAAAAGAUGAUUUUUAGACAAAGAUAAUGCUCUUGAAAAAAGAAAACAAAUAAAUUAAAAAUAUGCAUCUCUUGCUGACUGACACACAAAGGCAGUCCAAGUAUAUUCCAAAACGACGCGGCCAAGCAAAAUAGAAGGACCAGGGUUAACAUAUCAGUGUACCUUCACAGACUGAAGUCGAUUGCUUGUCAUUGGUGGUAUCUAGUUAUUGCAUUUGGCAGGUUCAUUCUAGUCAACAAUCAGAUUUCUACGGCCUUAAAUCGAUUCUCCAUGCAUUUGUUUUUCCCGUUCCUGUCAUUUGUCUUGAAUGGCUAUGCGGUUUGCAGAAUAUCAAUGUAAAAGCCAAUCAGACAAAUACCCAUUAUUGAUGGAGCAACCAGAAAGAAGAAAUGACAAUGAACAUGUUAUUGACAUAAGGAGGAGUUUAGAAGCUUCCUCUUCUGGUGCUGCUCAUGAUAGGAUUUCUAAUGAGUUGAACUCUACUCUACCUGAAGGCAGACCUUCAAGUACUUCCAGAGCUUCGGUUUCUCAGCUGUCACUUCCUCUGUCCAACAUCUCAAGUUCCAGGAAUUCAUCUAGCAGGAGAGGGAAUGGUCACAGCCGAAGGCGCAGAAGCCCGUUAAAUUCAGGGGUAUGGAUAUCUGUUGAACUAGCUCUCACCUUAGGUCAGAUUGUUGCUUCUGUCAUCGUGUUGUCUUUGUCAAGACAUGAGCAUCCACGAACUCCGUUAUUUGCUUGGAUUGUGGGUUAUGCUACAGGAUGUGUUGCAACUCUCCCUCUUCUCUACUGGCGUUAUCUUCAUCGCAAUCAAGCCUCAGAACAAGAUUCUUCUCCAUCCAGACAACCUUCUUCUAGUGGUAAUCCACCUGUUGGACAUUCAUCUUCUCUUACUACUCAGAUUCUAGAAGAUGAUAACCAUACCACUAUUUCCAACAGAAGUGCUAGUGGUCUAAGUGUUGCAAUGGGAAAUGCCAGGCUCAAGGUCUCAGUUGAAUACUUUAAGAUGGCCCUAGAUUGCUUCUUCGCAAUCUGGUUCGUGGUUGGUAAUGUCUGGAUCUUUGGGGGCCACGCUUCUUCUACUGAAGCUCCCAACUUGUACAGGUUAUGCAUAGUGUUCCUCGUCUUCAGUUGUAUAGGAUAUGCUAUGCCAUUUAUACUUUGCGCGACAAUUUGCUGCUGUCUUCCAUGUAUAAUAUCUGUGCUAGGCUUUAGGGAAGAUUUAAACCAAACCCGAGGAGCAACAACAGAGUCAAUUAAUGCUCUUCCAAUCUACAAGUACAAGUUAAAGAAAAACAGGCACAGCGACGGUGGUAGUGAAGCUGGGGUAGUAGCUGCAGGAACAGACAAGGAACGUGUGAUAUCAGGAGAAGAUGCUGUUUGUUGCAUUUGCUUGGCGAAAUAUGCAAACAAUGAUGAACUUAGGGAGUUGCCAUGUUCUCAUUUGUUUCAUAAGGAGUGUGUGGACAAGUGGCUCAAGAUUAAUGCUCUUUGCCCUCUUUGUAAGAACGAAGUUGGUGAUUCCUUGCUUAGUUCACUUGCUGGAGCAACAGCCAGCCUACGACGCGCUGAGAGUAGGGUAGUUAGCAGCUGAGGAGGCACUGGUGUUGUGAUAUGACAAAAACACCCCUGUUUUCUGCAACAUCAGCAUCGUUAUAUUUGUGUUCAAGUAUCAGAACCAUUUGCAGGUAUACUUUGUAGAAUCAGCCCGUCAACUGGGUCUUGUAUCGUACAGUUACGCUUAUAUUGUUGUCAUACAUGAUGCUUUAAUUCCUGAAUUAGGUCAAUACGAAACCUGAAAGAAUGCCAGUGUUGAUAAUUACUGAGUUGGUUGGAGAAAAAGUUGAAAUAGGGAUGAUUGUAAUACUAUUUUAUAUAAUGUAUACACCCUUCUCUGUUUUGCUGGGUGAUAAUUGGCCUUUGGCCCUGUUCAAAGUUAUUUUUAGUUCACCAUUUUGUUAUUGUA